GCACACACCUCUCACUCAACAAGAGGAGCCGCCUCGCUCGCAGCCUUCGCAUUCUACCGCCUCCCUUUCACUGUCUUCCUCUCCUCAUCGCUUCCCUAUCCGUUGUCGCUGUCGCUCCGGAGCCCCGCAAUCAACAUGGGUGCGUCGUUCGACUUCUCCGGCUCUGAUGGCUUGAAGAAGCUUGAUGAGUACCUCGCCACCCGCAGUUACAUCUCUGGGUACCAAGCUUCUCGGGAUGACCUUGCCGUCUACGUUGCCUUGGAGAGCGUGCCCGCGGAGUAUGUGAAUGCCUCCAGAUGGUACAAGCACAUCUCAGCGUUGGUCGGACCCUCAUUUUCCGCCCCCGGCGCUGGAAUCCAAAUUUCAAGCGGCGCUGCCCCUUCCGCCGUUAAGAAGGAAGCUGCCCCAGCUGAAUCUGCACCUGCCGCCGAGGCUGCCACCCCCGCCGCCGAGGGAGAGGAUGAUGAUGACCUUGACUUGUUCGGUGAUGAGACCGAGGAGGAGGCCGCUGCCAACGCCGCCCGUGAGGAGGCCGCCAAGAAGGCCAAGUCCGAGAAGCCCAAAGUUGUUGGAAAGUCGUCUAUUGUCAUGGACGUCAAGCCAUGGGACGAUGAGACUGACAUGGUGAAGUUGGAGGAGUGUGUUCGAUCUGUCCAAAUGGAGGGUCUGCUUUGGGGUGCCUCCAAGCUUGUGACCGUGGUUGCUGGAAUCAAGAAGCUUCAAAUCAUGAUGACCAUUGUCGAUGACCUCGUCAGUAUCGACAACCUGAUUGAGGACCAUCUGACCUCCGAGCCCAACAACGAGUACAUUCAGUCUUGUGACAUUGUUGCCUUCAACAAGAUAUAGACGAGAAUAACUUCGGGUGAUAGUGGGAGCGUCGCUGCUAUAUUAUAUAUGAUGCGUGGAAUAUAAGAGAGCCUGUUGUACCAAGCUUUGCAGUAUAAUCUGCUAUGGCUACAUUUUUGAAACUUUUAUCAUCAACUGUGGUGUACGUGCUGGCGAUAUUUGCUUGUUGUGAGA